UCCUGUCAACAUUGUUAAGUGGCUCUAUAAAAGGCAUCGCUGGAUCCGCUUUGCUUCAUUCUGGUCUUGGUCUGCUUCGUUUACUAUCGAUUCAUUGCACAAGACAAAAUGAUUCUGCCAGUGCUGCUUAUAGCUUUGGGUUACAUUGGAAGUCUUGAAGGAGCCGCUACGUGCGAAAGAAAAUGGAAGAAAGUUGGCUGUUUUCACGACAACAUCUUUCCAGAGCGCCCUCUUAAGUAUGAGCUUUUGAAUCGGCGAGAUCCAUAUAAUCACAACUUCGAUGGUCACAUGAUCAACUGGCAAGAUUACCCUGGAACCCUUUAUUCUCUCUACUGCAAAUGUGCUGAACUCACAGAAGCAAAAGGUUACACGCAUUUUGGCUUGCAAUUCUACGGUGAAUGCUGGUCGGGGCCCUCAGCCAAUGAACGAUACAAUAUGUAUGGCAAAUCUGAACGGUGCAUUGGUGUUGACUACGAUGCCUGUGAUGACUCAGCAGAAACUGACUGCAUUGGGAAGGACAAGACAAACUAUAUUUAUCAACUGGUUGCAAAGAAUGAAUCGAAGUUAAUCGAUGGAGGCUACUCUGAAUGGACAAAAUGGACCGAAUGUACCAAGACCUGCGGAGGAGGAGUUCGUGUAAGAACAAGAUCAUGCAACAAUCCUUCUCCAUCGAGUGGAGGAAAAGACUGCACCAGCCUCGGUGAAAGUGAAGAGCUUGAAGUAUGCAACAACCAGGCAUGCAGAAAGCCGUGCAAACGUGCAAUUGAUCUUGGUAUCAUAAUGGAUGCAUCAACCAGUGUUAAGCGAUCGAACUACAACAAAGUGAAAAUCUUUAUCAAAGAGCUCAGUGAAGACUUCGAGAUCUCUAAGACUGGAACCCACUUUGGCAUCCUUCAUUACUCAGGCAGUGCAAAACUCGACUUCACAAUGAGAGACUCUCAAUACUACAACAGAAUCAACCUAAAGGCAAAAAUUGACUCCAUUCCUUACUCUUACGGCAGUACUAGAACAGACAGGGCUCUGAGACUAGCUGACCAACAAUUUUUCUGCUCGGGAUGCAAUCCUGCUGGAAGACCACAAGUCCUUUUAGUUAUCACUGACGGCAAUACAAACAAAGGAUCAGAAGAUCUUGGAACUGCAUCGCAAGGAAUGAAGGACAAAGGAGUUACCGUUCUAUCAUUGGGAAUCGGUCCACAGAUCUCUAAAGCGGAGCUAGAAUUGAUUGCUUCGGUUGCAGACGACAGGCAUGUCUUCCAAAGCAGCUCAUUUGAUGAACUGAAAGAGAAACUAAACACCAUUCUAGAAACUGCAUGUGCAGCGGUUCGCUAAAGGCACCAGCCUGUCAAAAAAAAGGAGUGUCAAGGAUUUCUUGAACAUUCAGCUAUGGAAAGAACUUUAUCAUGUUAGAACCUGUAUUAAAUGUAUCACUGGAAGUAAAAAUCCGUCAUUUAGAACUAUUGGUGAUCACGAAA